CCGGCAGUGUUUAUCAUGUCUACAUCUAUUAUUGUCAAACCCUCCGCCACACCUCGAGACACCGCCGCCCAAAGCGGAGAGUACCCCAUGAGGGAGGGGCUUGUGGCUAGAAUGGUCGUGAACAGUUACUUUUCAAGAGGCAAACUUGAUUGCAUCCUAACUUUUUGUCACCGAAUUGGAAAAUGUGGCUGGGAAAGUCUUCAGAUGUACAUUAUGUGGGAGGACGUGGGCGAGGUGGGCGAGCUGGUGAUCUACCCUCUCAGGGGAGGCCGCGGGGUCAAGGUCACUGAGGCAGAGGCGACCCGAUAUGGCCUGGCUGUUGAAGAAAUGGAAGACAGGUCAUUCAUAGCGACGUCCCACUAUCCUAGCAUGGUAAGGCCGAAGUUUGACCUUGGGGACUUUGACGUGUCCUUGACCCUUGAUGGCAGUAUGGUCACGCUGAGAUGCAGAUGGGAGGGAGAAGAGGAGGAGGUUGAGUUUGACUUGCAAGAUGUGAUCAAGAGAGGAAAAGUUGUUGAGUUCUCAGAAAUCUUCACGGACGACACUCUGAAGGGAUACGACUGUGGUGACGAGGCGGCGGCGUUACUCACCAAAGUCACGCGAGACAAACGAAAGAGGGAAAGUGUCAGGCUGGUGUACAGUGGUGACUUGGUGAGAAACAGGGAGCCAAGGAAAGUAUUGAAGCUGAGUGCCACAGAUAUUUACACCUACCGCCUCUUCAAACCUUCUGAUAGGGUGGUGUACGGGGAAGACGCUGCCUACAUGCUGGCCUCGGAGACUUCCCUGGCUGACCUCAACGAGCGACAGGUGAAGAAGAAGGUGACUCUGGAUUGGUUUAGGCCUAACGUGGUGGUGCGUGGCGUGCGGCAAGCUUACGAUGAGGACGACUGGGCAUAUGUCAGGAUCGGGGAGGUGGUGCUGCGCCGUGUGAAGCCAUGCAUCCAAUAUAAGUUCUGGUACUUGGAUCCAGAAACAGGCAAGAAUAUCACGAAUGAAGAGGAAAACGUGAUUUUAAAGACGCUUCUCAGAACCCGCAAGAUGGAGGGACCCAAGGAACUGCAGGACUACUGGGAGAGAAAUCCGGUGUUUGGAGUGCACCUGGGCAUUGAUAGCUGUGGGAAGGUGCGUGUGGGCGACAAGGUGCAGGUGGCGCGGGCGUCAUCCAACCCUCGCUGGCAGUUAUGAGAGAGAGAGAGAGAGAGAGAGAGAGAGAGAGAGAGAGAGAGAGAGUUAACCCCUUCAGUACUGGGACUUGUUUUUCCUUUUUUUUUUUAAGGUAUGAUUGGACAACUUUAUUUACAUUAGUGAGGGAUUAUCGAGGUCUGAAGCUGUAUAAAAUGAUCAGAUAGCAAGCAGAAUGAAUGUGAAAACGUGUCCUGGUAGUGAAGGAGUUAAUAGGUGAAAGUUUUACAAUAAAUGAUAUAUGUACUUACGUAUUCAUUUCAGAUUUACCCUACCUAUCUGUUAUUAUUUAGUUUGUUUAUAUUUUUUUUUGUUUGUUGGUUGGUUGUUGUUACAGUAUAUUAAAAGUAUUGCAAUUGUA